UCCCUCUCUGCUCCGGAGCCAGGCUCCGACAGACGGGCGGACGGACGCGCGGACGAAGGGACCAAGGGGCGGCCAGGCGCGGGGCCGCUAGAGGAACAGAAGGUACCUUCUCCUCCUGACACCCCUUCAGAGCCCCCAGGACAUCUUCCUCGCAGCCCUACCCCAGACAGCCUCUGGAGGUGUGGGCCGGGCACUAAGCCCUGGACUCCAGCCACUCUGAGGUCUGCCCUCGCACCGCCAGCCACCGUCGAGGACGCCAUGAGCCAAUCAGGGUCUGUGAGCUGUUGCCCGGGUGCUGCCAAUGGCAGCCUGGGCCGGUCUGACGGUGUGGCCAAGAUGAGUGCCAAGGACCUGUUUGAGCAGAGGAAGAAGUACUCCAACUCCAACGUCAUCAUGCAUGAGACUUCCCAGUACCACGUGCAGCACUUGGCCACAUUCAUCAUGGACAAGAGCGAGGCCAUCGUGUCGGUGGAGGAUGCCAUCCGGAAGCUGGUGCAGCUGAGCUCCAAGGAGAAGAUCUGGACACAGGAGAUGCUCCUGCAGGUCAAUGACCAGUCGCUGCGGCUGCUGGACGUGGAGUCCCAGGAGGAGCUGGAGAACUUCCCGCUGCCCACUGUGCGGCACAGCCAGACAGUGCUGAACCAGCUGCGCUACCCGUCGGUGCUGCUGCUCGUGUGCCAGGACUCGGACCAGAGCAAGCCCGACGUCCACUUCUUCCACUGCGACGAGGUGGAGGCGGAGCUGGUGCACGAGGACAUCGAGAGCGCGCUGGCCGACUGCCGCCUGGGGCAGAAGAUGCGGCCGCAGACCCUCAAGGGCCACCGGGAGAAGAUCCGGCAGCGGCAGUCGGUCGUGCCCCCGCCCCAGGGCCCGGCCCCCAUCCCCUUCCAGCACCACGGCGGGGACUCCCCUUCCUCCAAGAACCGAGUGGGCCUGCCGAUGCCGCCCGGCGACCCAGGCUUCCGCCGUCGGGAGUCGCAGGAGGAGGAGCCGCGGGCCCUGCUGGCUCAGAAGAUCGAGAAGGAGACGCAAAUCCUCAACUGCGCCCUGGACGACAUUGAGUGGUUCGUGGCUCGGCUGCAGAAGGCUGCUGAGGCUUUCAAGCAGCUGAACCAGCGCAAGAAGGGAAAGAAGAAGGGGAAGAAGGGGCCGGCAGAGGGCGUCCUCACGCUGCGGGCGCGGCCCCCCUCCGAGGCCGAGUUUGUUGACUGCUUCCAGAAGACCAAGCUGGCCAUCAACCUGCUGGCCAAGCUGCAGAAGCACAUCCAGAACCCUAGCGCGGCUGAGCUGGUGCACUUCCUCUUUGGGCCUCUGGACCUGAUCGUCAACACCUGUGGUGGCCCGGACAUUGCUCGCUCCGUCUCCAGCCCCCUGCUCUCCCGCGACGCCGUGGGCUUCCUGCGUGGCCACCUGGUCCCCAAGGAGAUGGCACUGUGGGAGUCCCUGGGAGAGACCUGGACACGCCCCCGCUCCGAGUGGCCACGGGAGCCGCAGGUGCCCCACUACGUGCCCAAGUUCCAUAGUGGCUGGGAGCCACCCCUGGACGUGCUGCAGGAGGCCCCUUGGGAGGUGGAGGGGCUGGCGACCGCCCCUGCUGAUGAGCCAGCUCCAGUGAGCCGGACAUCCUUUAGAAACUCCCAAAAGCACGGCCUUGCAUCCGAGACCACGCCCCCGGGAGACGUCCUCCCCCAGGUCAGCUCCCCACAUGCUCACAGGGGUUACGAACCCACACCAGCCAUGGCCAAGUACGUCAAGGUCCUCUACGACUUCACGGCCCGCAACGCGAACGAGCUGUCAGUGCUCAAGGACGAGGUCCUGGAGGUACUGGAAGAUGACCACCAGUGGUGGAAGCUUCGAAAUCGCAGUGGCCAGGCAGGCUAUGUGCCUGGCAACAUCCUGGCAGAGACCCGGCUGGAGGACACCACCCUGGAGCAGGGGGUGAAAUACUGGGGUCCUGCCAGCCCAACGCACAAGCUGCCCCCAAGCUUCGCCGGGAACAAAGACGAGCUGAUCCAGCACAUGGACGAGGUCAACGACGAGCUCAUCAAGAAGAUCAGCCACAUCAAGGCGCAGCCGUCGCGGCACUUCCGCGUGGAGCGCAGCCAGCCCGUGCACCUGCCGCUCACCUACGAGUCCGGCCCCCACGAGGUCCGCGCCUGGCUGGAAGCCAAGGGCUUCAGCGCGAGGAUCGUGGAGAACCUGGGCAUCCUGACCGGGCCCCAGCUCUUCUCGCUCAACAAGGACGAGCUGCGGAAGGUGUGCGGGGAGGAGGGCACGCGCGUGUACAGCCAGCUUACGGUGCAGAAGGCCGUCCUGGAGAAGCAGCCAGGAGGGUCGGAGCUGGAGGAGCUCAUGACCAAGUUCCACUGCAAGAGCCCGCGGCGGGCGGAGGAGGACAGCUAGGCCUGCAGCUGCGGACACGCCCCGCGCCUGGAGUGUUAUUUUUGUACGUGUGCGUAUGUCGGACCAGUGGACUGGGGUGGGGAGUCGUGCUGGCUGGGGGCCGACCCGCCCUCCUCGUGUCGCGUGGGGCCUGUGCUCGGGCUCAGCAGGGCCCCCAUCCACACUCCCCUGCCUGCCCCUACGCCCACCGUAGCCAAACUUGCCACCAGGCGGUGCCAGCCCCUCGUCCGCCUGGCCCCUGAGACCAGAGCUGUCCCGGUCCUAGCCCUAGCCCUGCCCUUCCCCACAGCUCUCCCUGAGGCGGCAGACCCCCCCGGGAGGGGGCAGGGACCUUUUCUCUGGCCACCUCCAUCCACAAAGGCGUUCCUCCUGGUGCAGGUGACUCUGGCCCUGCCCCCACCCCAGGGCCACCUGCGACCACCGCACCCCCACACCUCCUGAUGGCCGGCUGUGGGCCACAAGGGCAGCAGACCGCAGCCACCCAGGUGCCCUUGGCUCUGAGCUGGUGGGGCUGGUGGCCUUUGCCCCCAGAGAUGGCCCUCAGGGCCCACCCAGCACACUGCUCCCCCAGGGUGGCCUCCGGGGCUCCAGGCCCCACCGAGGUGGGGUGCAUGGUGUACUCCCUUCAGCACCUAGAGGGUCAAGAAUGGACUGAACACCACUCACCUGAGUGCUGGCCUUGGGCAUCCCUCACGGCCACCCCAGCCCUGCCCCCACACCCUCCACACAGCCCAGAAGAGAACUUUCUCUGACCAAGUCCCAGGCCAGCCGCUGGGUGUGCUGUGUGCUGGGGGGUGGGUCUUGGAGCCCUGGACCCUGCGGGUCACACCCCGGAGAGGAAGGGUGACGCAGGCUCAGAGUCCACAUCAUUAAAGCACUUAGGUCUCCUGGCAGCCCCACGUCUGUCUCCUGGAGGGAGUGGGGUCACUGUGGGUCCUGGAGCCCCCGGGAUUGCGCCUUCGGAAGAGCGCCCAGGCAGGGGCGGGCCGUGACCAGGCCAGGCUGGGGCCGUUCCCAGUGAGGCUGCUCACCCCUUGACCCAGGUCCGGGGGGCGCAGGACACCCUCCCCUCCACGCCCAUGCAAGAGGGCCCAGAGGACGUCCCUGGAGCUGUGGGCUGAGGGGGUGCCCACGGGGGGCCCACCCACCCUGGCUGUGGCGCCCCCAGGCCUGCUGUCCAGAGGCCGGAGUGGGAGUGGUGGGGACAGGUUGGCUAAACCUCCGGGGAGGGAGGGGCCUGAGUCACAGGGGCAAGACGGAAACUAGGCUUAGAGGGCUCAGCCCCGCACCCAGGGAGGGGCUCCGGAAGAGGGCGUGGGGCCUGCGGAGCCAGGCAGACGUCAGCUGGGACGGGGGUCAGCGCAGAAGUGCACACUGGGCCGCUCUCCCACCACAGGGGCGCCUGGCCACCUGGCCACCAGCGCACCUGGGCCAUACCCUGGGAGCGGGCCUCUGGUGCCCUCUGCUGGCGGCCCUGCAUGUUGCAGUGUGUGGCGGCCAGCGGUGCCCUAGCACCUGGCCAGGCCGGGGGCAUCUGACCAUAUCCCCAAAGCAGCUGGUGGACCCACCGUAGGCCAGGGUGUCCAGAGGGCUUGGUGCCGAGGUCUCCACCUGAGGGGCAACCAAAGAAGCUUGGACACAGAGGCAGGUUGUGUCUUUCGGGGUGGGAAAUGGGGGUGGGGAACACUGUCUCUCAUUGGGCCAGGCCUUGGAAGCCCUGACUCCCGGCCAGGACAGGCCACCCCGGGCCGAGUCUGUCCAGCAGGGCCCGGUCAAGGGCAACUGGGGGUGUCUGGUGCCUUCUGGGUCACACCGAGGCUCAACCACAGUGGUCUCCUCUCCCUGGAAAAGGAAGAUUCUCCCCCCAACCCCAGGCCACAAGAGGAGGACCUGUCCUCCCAGGCCUGGGCAGGACCCCACAGACCUUGCUGGUCCAGAACAGCCAGCCGUGGGACCCCUGACCUGACACUGCCCCCCCACCAAGCCCUGCAUGGCCGAGCCCCUCCCCCAGAGCGGGGAUGGGCAUCCACAGCCCCUCUGCCACCCUACCCCCCUGUCCCAGCCAGGAGCUGCUGGUUCUGAGGUGCCCCGUCCCGUCUGUCUGCUCGGGCUGCUGGGCUCCCAGAGGGGCUUCCCCACCCUCCCAAGAACAGGCCGACCGAGGGGUGCAAGUCACACCGCUGUCAGGGCAGGUGUGAGGAGUCACUCUGCUUUCCAUCCUGAGGACGUCACUCUCCAGGGCCCCCAGGGUGGGGGUGACUGAGCACCAUCCUCCCUGGCAGCCCGUGACCUCAGUGCCCCCUGGGAAGCAGGCACAGACAAGAACAAAGCACCGAGGGACCAGGUCCCCUGCCUGAUGUGGGGCAGGGCCUGGGUUCAAAUGCAGUUUGGCCUGAUGUGUGUCCCUAACCACUCGUCCCCACCUCCCGCUCCGCCCUGGCCAAGCACGGAAGAGGGAGGUCUGAUGGUACCAGCCCCGGUGGGGCUGUGGAGGUUCUGACCAUGGGUGGAGCGGGAAAUGUCACCCGGGCGCUGCCUGCCCAGCACCCACUCUGCGCCGCCAGCAAAUGUCCCCACCAACAAGGCCAGCUCUGUCCUGGGGAUAGACAGGCUUGUCUUUGUGGCCCUCCCCCCACCAGUGUGGAUCUGAUCCCCUCCUCUCCUCCCCCACCCCGGCCUGGCCAGGAGGAAGGAGGGGCUUCCCAUGCCGUUUUGGGAGGAGCGGCUUGUUGUUCAUUUGUUUUUAACUUUUUCAAAAUAUUUGAUUCACCGAAAGGUUACUGCACAAAAUAGCGUAGUGGGUGAGAUGUCUUCACACCUACAUCAAGCUGCUGGGAACAGAAUUGGGGCGAGAAGCACACCUGUCUCCUGGGGAAGGUGGCACUUGGCAGGGGCAGCUUCACAGGUGAGGAUGGUGUUGGACACAGGAAAAGGAUUCCUGCUAACCGCCCACAGCAGUGACUGAUGUCCUGAAGUAUUAGGCUAACGUGAGAGGCACAAGUAGAGCCGAGGAGCUCUCGACCUGUGCAGUAGUUCAACCAGACAGGGUGGCACCGCAGGUGGGGUCCACAGGUCCCUGGGGGCCCCUGAGCUCUAAACGAGCUUCAUGACAAGACAGCCAUGUAUUACAGGUUGAAGUGUAUCCCCCCCUUCAUGUGAGAUACGGUCGUUAGGGUGGGUCCUCACCCAACAUGACUAGCGUCAUUAUAAAUAAGGGACAUUGGACACAGGCACACACAGGGCAGGUCCCUGAAGAUGGAGGCGGAGGCCAGCCUGAUGCCUCUGCAAGGUGGGGAGUGGCAAAGAGCGCACGCUAUCUUUUAUGUAUUUCUUUAUUUAUUCAUUCAUUUAUUUAUUUCUUGGCUGCAUUGUCUUCAUAAAUAAAAUGUUAAAAAA